AUGGAUUUGUAGAAUCAUCGUUCUAGCUUCAAAAAAGAAAAAAAAAAACUUUUUUAAGAUUAAAAUUUUGAAGAAAGCAAGCAGAAUGAUGUCACAUUUAACUUGAAUGGGUUAUAAUUAAACUCUUAAACAAGAAGAGAUGAGAUCAACAGUUUAAUUGAUAAUGGAAACGAAUUGCUGAGCUAAGGUUCACCAUCAUUAAAUUAAAUUAUUUAGACUUCAUAAUUGAGUAGGACGAAUAUUUAGUCUGAAAAAUUCAAAACGUUGGGGGUUGAAAAAAACGAGUUUUAAGAUUCGAUUAAUGAAUCUGAUAAAGAAAUCCCUACUGUUUCUUAAGUACAAAAUACGGCCUAAAGAUCUUUAAGGACGCGAUCUUCUAAUCAUUUAAAAUCUAUUUUCCUUUCAGAAAAUAACAAAAAGCAUCUUUAAAGAUCUAAACAAAAUUUAAAGAUGGUGCUGGGUUUACGAGGAAGCUAGACUGAAGAAAAAAAACUUAUAAAUUUUGUACUGCUGAAGCAAAUUCAUUAAAAAAUGACAUACUUUUUUUAAAAUUUUACUUCCACUGGUAGAAUUAAAUUUUUAAACAACGAAAAGCACUAACAAAUAAGAAAGGCAAUUAAUGAUAAUGGAGAUUACAUUCAGCCUAAGAACAAAGACAAAGUUGUAUUCUUAAUCAGGUGCUUCAUAAAUUUUCUAUCUUGCUUUUAAGUUUUCAAAAGGUUUUUCUAGAAUAGAUCUUGCUUUAUCAUAGUCCCAAAUAGUCUGUUCAACAUGCUUUCAUUGGUUUUCUUUUGCUCAUUUAAUUAUCUAUUUUUCUUCUUGCUUUCUAUUAUCAUAAUUUACUAAGGCUAUUUGACUUACGAAAAGAUGAUUGCUCACUUUAUUAUUACAACUUGGAUUUUAGACAUACUAGUUCAAUUAAACACACAAAUUUAUAAGAAAACUAAUCUAAUCAGUGAUCGAGAAAAGAUCAUCUCUUAAUAUAUUAAAAAUAGAGCUAUCUAUGAUAUGAUUCCACUUGCUUCCAUUUUUCUUUCUACGUAUACUUUUGAAAAAGCUUAUAUAUAAAAGUGUCUUUAAGUAUUAUCAUUUUUGAAGCUUAAAAAUGUGCUAAAAGACACAAAUAAUAUGCAAAAAUAGUUGUGUAUGUCGGUGAAGAACUACUAUAUCAUUUAAUUGCUCAAUUUGAUAUUUAAGAUAUCUGCUUUGAGUCACACAGUUGCUUGCGUCUGGUAUUUGAUAGGCUAAAUUGAAUUACAUCUUUUGAAAGAAGAGACUACAUGGUAUGAUGAAAGUAUAGGCUCUGAUGGAAUCUGGUGGAAGCUAUACUUAUAAUCUAUGUAUUGGUCUCUCACGUUAAUGAUUACAGGAUCAAAUGAGGCUAAAACGACUGCAUAAAUGUUUUACACAUCUUUUAUAAUGCUUUUUACAGCUAUCAUUUUUGGUUAUAUGCUUAACACGACAGGGAUCAUACUCUCUUAGCUGAAUUAAAGAGAUGAAGAGAAAAGAAAGGAUUUAAAUAUUCUUAAUGAUUUUAUGCGCUAGAAUAAAAUUUCUAAAGGGCUACAGGGAAGAGUAAAUCUUGAUUUGGAAUAUUAGUAUUUACAUAAUCUCAAGAAGGAUCAGGAACAAAAGUAGGAAGUUAUUAGCAAAAUAUCUCCUCAUCUACAAAGACUGCUUAAACUAGAGCAGACCAAAUCUGCACUAGAAAAGUUUAAUUUCUUAAACAAAAAUUUCAGCAAAGAGACAAUACAAGAUUUAAGUUUAGAAUUCAAUGAAGAAUUUUAUUCUCCUAAUUAGAUUGUAUUUACAGAUAAGCAAGCGAAUAAUUUAAGCUUGAUAUUGAUUUUAUAAGGUUCUUUGUAAAUAUGUUAGACAAUCGAUAAAUAAACUUAACCUAUUUAAUUUCUCAAAGAAGGAGAUGUAAUUGGAUAAAUUAAUUUUUUUACAGGACUGUAAUUUGAAUAUAGUGUUAAAUCGGUUGAUUUCACCAAAGUAAUCAAACUCGAUAGAGAAAAAUUUCUUGAAAUCAUACAAAAGAGAGAAAAAGAUUACGAAAAAUUUUGCUACAUAAGAGAUAAGUAGCAGUUUUAUAUGUAAUACAAUAUUGUUUAAGUAAAAUGCACUUUUUGCCAUUAAUACACACAUCAGACUACUGAGUGUAAUCUCGUUCAUAUGGAUAGGUAAUCAAGCGUAUUUGUUGCUAAAUUUUAGCAGAAUUUUUGUCAGUCUAGAUUAAAAUAUGUUAGAAAGCAAAUCAAUUAAAAUUCUUAUAUGAUUAGAAUAGCUGUUCAGCAGUCAGUAAGCAAAUAUAUGUUUGAAGAAAAAAAGGCACUAAAGAUUAACACAUUUAUCCAAAAAAAAAACAAUUUUCCCUCAAAUGAUUCUGACGAGUAUGAAUCUGAAAACUCUAUACGCAUGUUUUCAACUUUUUAAAUUUUAUCUUCUUAGUAAUCUUCUGAAGAAGAAAAUGAGCAAUCAGCUGUUACAGCAUAAAAAGUUAAAAAUUCAAGGUAUUUUUAAAGCAACAAAAUUAUUUAACUUAAUUAAAACUCUCUAAAGAAAUAAAAAUCUCAAGAAAUUACUUCACUUAAAGAUAUCGGAGCUUAAUAAGCGCCACCAAUUAAUCUUAUAUAACUAGAAAUUAUGAAUAAAUAUUAAGAUCAAGUAAAUAAGAGAGGGAGCAUAUUUAAGACUAAAAAUAAAAAGCAUAGAAAUAGUAUUUAAGUGAUAGAUUUUAAUAAAAAGAACAAUAACCAAGAUGCAGAAAACUUUUCUAAAAGACAUAGUUUCUUAUAUUAAAAUGCUAUUAUGAAUAACAAUACUUAUUAUAACCAAAAUGAUGAUUCUUAAUAAGUAAAAUCUAAAUAAAGAAUAACAUAAGACUUCAGUUUGACGCCUAGCAAUUCAAUUUAAAAGUAAGGAAUUUAACAAUUAUAAAACACAUCAAGGUUGGCUAAUUCUAAAAAAAGAGAUAAAAAAUCUGAUUAUGAAAAUCAUUUUAGAUCAGCACAAAAGAGAAAAACUUCUAUUCUCUAAAAGCCGAUGAGUAUGAUGUAAAUCUUAGAAGAAGAGAAGAAUUAGAAGCUCUUCAUUUUUGAUUUUGAUCUUUAUAAAAAUUGGAUGGUCUAUUUCCCAUAAGGAAAUUUAGUAAACAUAUUAAAUAAGUAUAAUAAGCGUUUGAGGAAAAAAACAAAACACUUGACAUUUUAUGAUAAAAAGAAAGAUAAAGUUGAAAAAAAGUAGGUUGAAUGA